ACAGAAGAGGGAGGUAGCAAGAAAGGCUGAGCAUAGCGUGAAACACACAAGUGCUAAGUGAUCGUUCGGGACUGGCUGUGCUUGCCCACUGCGGAGGCUGCUGUUUGUUUGCUGACUGCGCCGCACCAAGGGGAAACCAUCAAGCACUAACGCAGUUCUUUUCCCUGGCUGUGUGAGAGUGGCACGACUUGAACAUUGCUGCAGAACUUUGCUCGCAGCUAUGCCAAAGCCCUGAAGUCUUUAUCAUCUGGAAGUGAAUCAGGAUAGGACUUUCUGGAACUAAGCCUACGCUGACUGCACCAACAGCUGCAUGGGGGUUCUGGUGUGUUGUGACUGCUUCUUUUAUAGGAAGUCCAAAACGAAACCCAAUGGAAAGAAGCCAACUGCAGAGGAGAAGAAGCACUACUUGGAGCCAGAGUACACCAAAGUACGGGUGGUGGACUUUGACCUUAAAGACCUGGUGGUGCUGCCCAGGGAGAUAGAUCUUAACGAAUGGCUGUCCAGCAACACAACAACAUUCUUCAAUCUCAUCAAUUUGCAGUAUAGCACAAUCUCAGAAUUUUGCACUGGAGACACGUGUCAAUCCAUGGCGGCCUGUAAUACAACAUACUACUGGUAUGAUGAGAAGGGGAAGAAGAUCAAGUGUACAGCACCUCAGUAUGUAGACUUUGUUAUGAGUCUGGCGCAAAAACUAGUAACGGAUGAAGAAAUCUUUCCAACUAAAUAUGGUAAAGAGUUCCCCAACUCGUUCGAGUCUCUGGUGAAGAAGAUCUGUCGGUACUUGUUUCACGUGCUGGCACACAUCUACUGGUCGCACUUUAAGGAGACGCUGACUUUAGAGCUGCACGGACACUUAAACACGCUGUAUGCACAUUUUAUCAUCUUCGUAAGAGAAUUCAACCUGGUCGACCCAAAGGAGACAUGCAUCAUGGAUGACCUGUCAGAAGUGCUGUGCACCCCCCUGCCCCCAUCCCCACAACAGAACCACGUGACCGAGAGAUGAGCCCUGAAUAAGAAUGGGGAGAAAGAAUUUGGAAUGAGGGCCCUCUGGAGGGCUGGGGCUGCUCGCUGGACUCGUGCAUCCUUUGGUUUUCCAUCGCUCUACGAGUCAUAAAGGGGAAAGAGGGGUGGCAGUGCCACCUUUAAACACACACUGGUGUUGUCUCUCCCACUGGGUUGAAAAUAAGUAGCCCCGAUUAUCUACCUUGCUAUCAUACUAGGAACAUUUUUUUAAUUGCUUUUAUCCUUUUGGUUUUUUAUUUUGUAUUUAUUGUUGUGCACAUUUUGGAAGGAUGUGUUUUUGGGAUAGGGUGUUUCUGAUCUGGCCAAUAUCAGUGUUUAAACCCCUUUCACACUUGUUAAGGUGACUCUGGGUUCCAUUAACUGAAUGUUCUGGCUUUGCUUUUUUCUUCUUUUUUUUCUCUUUUUUUUUUUAUACACGUGCAGCUUCACACACAGUAACGUCCCAGAUUGCACACACUUGAUAUGAAAACCUUUUACACUUUUAUUCUACAAAGAAACAAUCUGGUGGAGUCUUUCAUUUGGCACUUAUGCUUUGUAUUACCCGUGUGAUUCGGUAUUAAAAAGCUGUAGGCGGCUGCUCAGGUGGCGCAGCGGUAAAAACACACGCCGGAACCAGAGCUGGGAUCUUGAAUACAUCAUAUCGAAUCUUAGUUCUGCCUGCCGGCUAGGCUGAGUGGCCACAUGAACGAUUGGCCUGUUGUUCAGAUAUGGGCGGGACUAAGCCGGAUGGGGUGUCUCUCUCUUUCAUGACUGGUGCAAUUACGACCUCUGCUGACUGAUUGAUGGCGCCUGCACAGAGAUGAGAAAAGAGUGCUGUCAGGGUGUGUCUCUCCGUACACAACGCUGAGUUGCACUGCACUCGUCAAAGUGUAGGUGAUAAGAUGCAUACGGCAUGCUGUCCAUGCGUCAGAGGGGGUGUGGGUUAGCUUCGUUCUCCUCAAUCAGAGCAGAGAUCGGCAUUGGUGGGAGGAAGCAUGACACAAUCGGGCAAUUGGACGUGCUAAAAAGGAGAAAAUAUAAACAAAAUAUAAAAACAUUUUUUUUAAAAGCUGUAGGCCAUCAUGGAAAGGAUUCUAUCCAGCAAACAUUUUCUUCUGUUACUGUUUGUUUUUAGUUUAAUUUCAGUGUGAUUUAAAUCAGGAAUCUUAAAACAAGUUGGCAGUCUUACCUGGUACUUAAUUGACUGUAGUUAUAUGAGCUAACUCAGUAACUACUCGAGAAUUUGUCUUACCCUGAUAAAUUGUCUCUGUACUUUACCAGUGAUUUUCACAAUAGGAUGUGUUCACCUCAAAUACAUUACCGUAAAUCACAGCAGGUGAAAAAGGGGUUUUAAUAACAAACGCUGUGUAUGACAAUGUUACAGGAAAAUGUCUUUAACCUAGCGCCCCCUUGUGUAGGAAUAUUUAUUAACACGUGCCAACUCUUCUGACCGUUGAACGUUUCCAAAAUAGGAUGGGUUGUCUCUUCUCAUGAUAGUCAAUACUCAUAAUCACCAGUACCAUCCCAUUGUCCAUUUUUACAUCUAUGUAAUGUUCAGUUCUGGUGUACUCAAAGCUUUUAUAAGCUCAUGCAAUAAUAAACAUCAGAAAUGAAUUAUUGCCUUAGCGGAGUUUAACAAGUUCAGCUUGCUGCUGGCAGGAUUGUUGCAUGCAGGGUAAGAUUGACGUCUGUGGCCUGAUCAGAGAUGGCAGACUGUUCUGAACUCAUCAUGCAGAGGAUGCGUCCUCCAGGGUUUUUUGUUUUUACUUUUUUAUGUUAUCAGAGAGAUCAUGAGAACUAUAUCGGCCUAUACAUGUGUAGCACAUGCACAUUCUGCUUGCAAUCUUAACUAAUAGAUUAUAACUAUAUAAAGAGACUGCAGGUGGUUUAUGUCAAAAUAGCCUAUAGAGGGGGAUUUGAACUGAAUCCUCUUCAGUUUUUUAUUUAUUUUGACAUUUUAUUUGCAGGGUUCUUCAGUUCUGGCUUUCUUUUAUCUAUUUUUAUAAUCUAAGUUAAUGCAAUUUAUUAUUUUAAGCUCUGCAAAUUAUAAUCUAAUAAAAAAAGAAAAUACCAACCUGA